AUGUCGAAAGAAACAGCGUCUAUGAGAGAAAUACAACACAACCGACAACUCAUUUUGCAAGCUCUAAAUAAGAACACAACAAACUUUUCAAACUAUUCUAAGAUAUCUGAGUCAUUGAAAGAAGGAAACUUAAAACUGACGAUAAACCCAAUGACAGAUGAGUUUCUGUUUCAAGACAGUAAGAACCAUACUGUCUGUGUAAAUCCAACAAAAGGAACUUUAAACGAGAAGCCUAUAGAUGAACUUCUUUUGAAAGCAGAUAUUGACAACAAAGCUGACAAAGAAUAUGUCAUUGAAAAAGUUCAAGAAGAACAUGACAGAGCAGAUGCAACAUAUGCAACGAAAGAACAUACUCAUCCUGAACUAGCAGACAAAACAUAUGUUGACAAUAAAAUGUCAAGUGAAGUGACAAGAGCUGACAAAGAAUAUUCUAAAAAGACUCAUACACAUACCAUUGCAAAUAUUACAAACUUACAAGAAACCUUAAACAGUAAAAGUGACGUUGGACAUACACAUUCUAUAUCUGAAAUAACAGACUUAAACGUUAGCCUUGAAAAGAAAGCUGACAAAACAUAUGUCAACAGUGAGUUAGAGGAGAAAGUAGAUAGGGGUUGUAUGGCUAGUGCGUUAGUGAAGAAGGCAGAUAAGGAAUAUGUGGAUGAAAAAGAUGAAAAAAUUAAAGAAAUGGUUGAAUGGUACCAUGAACGGACAUCGAAGAUUUUAGAAGGUAAAGCCAAUACAGGGUGGGUUUCAGGAUGUUUAGACCUUAAAGCCGACAAAGAAACUGUAGAUAUGUUGACACAAACGGUUUCAAGUCAUACCAGAGGUUUAAUGGAAGAUGGACAACAGUUGAAAGAGCUUGAGAAAGGUGUUACAGAGUUAAGGAAUACAAAAGCAGACUCGACAUGGAUAACUGGAUAUGUAGAUGCAACAAAAGAGUAUAUUUUCGCAUGGACAGAAGGAACAUACCCACAAAAAUAUCAUAGACAUAGCAUCUCUGACGUAAAUGAACUUGAAGAAAAGUUAUAUAAAAAAGCAGACAAAACAGAGCUUCAAACGUUAAAGACAGAAAUACUUCAAACAGUAUAUCCUAUAGGUUCUAUUUACACGUCAAUGAACUCUACCAGACCAGAAGUAGUACUUGGUCUCGGAACUUGGACUCAA